CACUUGUAGUGAACACACCGCUAACUCAACAUCCUCCCUCUUAUCAGGUCUUAAUAUAUCUGUGCAAAGAAAAAGCAAAAUGGCCCCAAUUCAAAAGCACUUCUCUUCUCACGUUGAAGACAACUCAAGCAGUGCAAGCAGCAAGAGCUUCAAAGCCAGCAGUUCCUUCCACACAAUCAAAACGUCUUCAUCCCAGAACAGUGCAAUUGCCAGUGAAAGCAAAACAUCCACGAACUGUGAUCAGCCAGAGAAACGCAUCUCACACACUGAAAAUCAGGCUGAGCGAGAGGUAAUGCUGCCCAUCAUCUCACGGGGUCAUUUCCACCACGACUCGUUCUUCGAGAACCUCCGCCAGCAGUUCGAUACCGCCGUGCGAGACAUGCUGGAUCAGUGGAAUUCACACUCAUCCUUCGAGGACGACCUUCUUUCCUACAGACGAAUGCGAGAUCUCAACCUCACGGAAGAGAAUCAGGCUGUUUCCGUCAGCCAAGACAACAAGUCGCAUCAGGUCGUGAUUGACGUGCGCGACUUCAUGGACGGCGAUAUCAAGGUGAAGGUGGUGGACGACAGCGAACUGGUGAUAGAAGGUAGCGUCGAGAAGCGACAAGAUGGCGCCGUCUCAAAGAGCACUUUCUGUCGACGAUUCUCAUUCCCGGGUCUCUUGAAGGAAGACACUGUGUCCUCGUCCAUGUCAGCAGAUGGAGUUCUUACUGUCACUAUUCCGAAGAAGAGUUCCUUGACAAACAAGGAGGCCCAAACUAUCAAAAUCACUGCCUCGCACAAAAACUCUGCAGAUGCUACAAAUACACACCAGAAUAUCACAAACAACGUCAAAGCAAAACAAGUUAGUGUCGAAGAAAAAUCAUCAAAAUCAUCUCGAGCGAAAGUGCAAGAUCAAGCUCAGUCGACGGAGUCUCAGAACACGCAGGCUUCGAGCGAGUCGACGGAGGCCAAGCCACUUGCUCCCUUCCACCUUCUUCCCAUUUCCGAAAGAGGGCCUUUCUUCCGCGAUUCCUUCUUCCAGGACACUCGACAGACAUUCCAACAAGCCGUCGACCAAGUUCUCAAAGACUGGGGACAACUGGACUCUGCGAGCGACCACAUGGACAUGUACAGGAACUUGCGAAAGCACAACUUGCAGGAAGAGAACCAAGCCGUCGCCUUCAGCGAGGACCACCAGUGUUAUAAGAUUGUGGUGGAUGUACAAGACUUCAAGGAAGGCGACGUCAAGGUCAAAGUGGUGGACGAGAAUGAACUAACAGUCGAAGGCAAUUUGGAGAUCAAGCGAGACGAUUCCGUGUCCAGCAAGAGUUUCUUCCGCCGUUUCUGCUUCCCAGGAUUCGUGAGUGCCGACACCGUGAGGUCUGGGAUGUCAUCUGACGGCAUCCUCACUGUUACUGUACCGAAGGUAAGUCUAUACAAGAAUUUUCAUUAAUCAUCUCCUUUUACA